GUAUAUACGAAUCUAUAAAUGGUAGAUAAGACUUUCUAUACUUAAUGCAGUAGCAAAAUGUCGGCCAUCGAAGCUGGUCCAAAACCUGUCCGGAUAUCUCCUCUUAUUAAAUUCAGCCGAUGGAGUUUUCUAUCACUUGGUAUUAUUUAUGGGGCUUACCAUCAAAGACGCCUCAGUAAAAGAGAAAAUUUGCGUCGUGAAAAAGAAUUGGCUGAAAAGCCCAUGCGAGAUGCAAAACUUGCAGCAGAAAGGAAAAUUGCCUUGGCAGCUGAACAAAAAAUGUUGGAUGAUCUCGUCAAAGGAAAGCUAUAAUAUAUAUCAUCGUAAUUUUAUCAUUAGUAUACAUGUUUCUUGUUAAUAAAUUUAUCAAAUGAGGCCAUUAUGUGUAUAUUUGUAUCCAGAAUCUGCAAUAGGCAUGACUCAAACUUUCUAUUGUAUUAUUUAUGAAAUAAAUUAAUGUGCAGUGUAUUACUCUAAAA